GCAGCACUCCCACUCGUCCCUUUGACCAUGAAGUCUGCUGUGGCGCUGCUCGUGCUGGUGGCAGCCAGCCUCGCCUCCUGCAGGCGGCUGGCCCUCGAGCCCAAGAAGGCGACCCGGGACGGCGUUGACAGACCCCCGAAGGCCGCGUUCCGCCAAGACCUCUCCUACGGCUCAGGCGCGCACUCCAUGGCGUCCUCCUUUGAAGAAAACUACUGGACCAGCUCUUCCGCCUUCUCCGGACGCCCUCCUUCCCCUCAGGCUACCACGACCAGCCCUCCUACGGUAAACCCGUCAACCAAGCCACCAACGACUGGGGCAUGCCAGUGUGGGGUUGCCAACCCAACGCGCAUCGUAGGAGGAGAAGAAGUCCAACCCGCCCACAAGUACCCGUGGCAAAUAGGUCUCAAGUAUGAGGGAGGCAAUGGGUACUGGUGUGGAGGCGCCGUCAUCAACGACCGCUACAUCCUGACCGCCGCCCACUGCCUAUUUGACUCCGAAGGCAACCAGGAGUCUGCUGAAGGCCUCGUGGUUGGCGUUGGCGAUCACCUCAUGAGCUCCACUUCCGACGAUGUGGCUGCAACUGAGCUAAUCAGUGUGGAGAAGGUCAUUCUGCACCCACAGUACAAUAAACAGACAUUUGAUAAUGAUAUAGCUCUUUUAAAGUUGUCCAAAGUCCUAACUUUCUCCACGGAGGUGCGACCCUGCUUCCUGAACGACAGCAAAACCCACAUCGAUAGUAUGGAUGCAAUGCCUGCCUUAGCUGCUUCAAAUCUUGAUCGAGUCCCAGAUAGACAACCAGAAGAAAUCCUUCUUCAUGUUAUGCAACGUGUUGCGGCGCUAGGAUGUAGCAGAGAUCUUUAUGCUGAUAUCUUAUCUCUAUUAAUAUCAUGA